AUGAUGUCAGCUCGUUCCAUGAUGGCCCUGCGCACUGCGCACACCAGCAAGAUCAUCCUCGGACGAGGUCUCUUUACUACAUCGACACGUCUAGGUCUCAAGGAAUCAUCCACCCACACCGACGUCGACUACGACAAGCACAAGCAAGACUCCCUCAGGAAGCAGAAGGAGGGCAGCGGCCACUGGAAGCCAGAGCUCGCCUCAGACAGCGAGGAGGCCGUCAAGGCGGACAGAUCGGACAUUGAUCCUGCCAAGGACAUCAAGAACCUCCAAGAGCGAACCAAGAAGGCUGCCGAGGAGACUCACAAGGCUGGUACCAGCACACGGGAUAACAUGUAA